UGGAGACUUCUUCAACAGCGACAAAGGGCUUCUGAUUCAACGAACGUGUUGCUUUGCUAGCGAACAUAAAGUUGAGUUUUUGAAGCUCUGUAGACCAAUCUUGUGUAUAUUACUCUUAGUGUUUUGAAUAUAAUUAUGUUUACCCAUCUACUAGUUCAUUUUAACGUCAUUUGCUCGUUAAAUUAGCAAAUGUGUUACUAAAUUGAUACUGCAUUAGGCUAAUCGACCGGAGCAUGAGCUCACAAAGCUGGACCGAGAAAGAAGCUCUGGUGAAAGGAGAGGAAGAAGCUUUCAGGAUGAAAAGGGAGGAAGAGGACGCUAUCACAUUGAAAGAAGAAGAGGAUGAUAUUACAGUGAAAGAGGAAGAUGGGAAAGAGGUUGUCAAAGUGGAAGUGGAGAAGGUAGAAGCUUUCAGAAUCAAAAACGAGGAAGAUGCCAUAACAUUGAAAGAAGAGAAUGUAGUGAAAGAAGAGGAAGAACCUUUUAGAGUAAAGGAGGAAGAGGAGGCUAUCUCAAUAAAAAAGGAGGAAGACGUUUUGGGAGUGAAAGCGGAGGAGGCUGAAGAUCAGACUACCACCAGAGAGAGACGUGACUAUCGUGGAUCCUCUGGGGAGCAUCAACAACAUCCUGAUCCUGCUGACAAGGCAGAGAAGAGUCUCUCCAGAUCAGAACACCAGAUGGACAACGCUAGCCCUUCCUCCCUCCUGGAGUCCCCAUGUCGUGCCUCUCCCGGUCGCACCUUACUGCUGGGUAUGAAGAGGUUGUCUGUGCUGCUGGUGGACUGCAGGAAAACAACGGGGCUGAGUGUAACUGUGAGAGGUGGAGAAGAGAUGAAAGGAUCAGAUUUGACUCAUCAAAGAGAAAGACCAGAGGAACCAGAGCCAGGGACGUCCAAACCAGCAAGAAGACACCAGUGCUCUUACUGUGGAAAGUGUUUUAACAAGUUAGGGGUCCUGAAACAACAUGAGACAAUACACACAGGGGAGAAGCCUUACCACUGCUCCAAGUGUGGAAAGUGCUUCAACCGGUCAGGACACCUGAAAGCUCAUGAGCUAGUACACACAGGGGAGAAGCCAUACCACUGCUCUCAGUGUGGCAAGUGUUUCAACCAGUCAGGGGAUCUGAAAAAACACGAAAGAAUACACACAGGGGAGAAGCCGUACCACUGCUCCCAGUGUGGAAAGUGUUUCAGCUGUCCAGGGAAUCUAAAAAACCACGAAAGAAUACACACAGGGGAGAAGCCUUACCACUGCUCCCAGUGUGGAAAGUGUUUCGGCUGGCCAGGGAAUCUAAAAAAACACGAAAAAAUACACACAGGGGAGAAGCCUUACCACUGCUCCCAGUGUGGCAAGUGUUUCUACAAGUCAGGGAACCUGAAACAACAUGAGAGAAUACACGCAGGAGAGAAGCCACUGCUUACCACAAUUCUCCCAGUGUGGAAGGAGUUUUAACCAGAAAAAACAGCCUGAACCAACAUGAGAAAAUACACAAAGGGGAGAUGCAUUACCAUUCCUCCCAGGGUGCAAAGCUUUUGCCCAUUUAGGAAGCCUGAAAAAACAUGACACAGAGGAGAAGGCUUUACAGAAGAUUAGACUUUGAGAAAACAUAUUACUCAUAACAAUCACUUAAACGUCAUUAGAGAAUCCACACAGGAGAGAGAAAUGACUUCUCUUAGCGCGUAAUUCCACUACCCAAGACCUAUAAGCUUGCUGCCAGCUCUUAGCAAACUGUUGGAAAAAAUUGUGUUUUACCAA